AUUACGAGUCCAAUAGUCCGCCGGUGCUCGAGCCCCCAACCUCGUGUGUUUUUGGUGUGUGGUGCCCGCCGCCCGACCUACCGUACCAUUGUUGUUUUUCGUUUGCGACUCGCGACGACAUACCUUACGACACCUCUCUCUCUCUCUCUCUCUCUCUUCUUCCUCUUCCCCUCUUCACCAUCUGGCCUUUUUGUGAGAACAGCUUUUGUCUAUCGUAUCAUUGCGAAAAGCAUUUUGCUGCAUUUUGCCCUGCUGUUGUAUUAUUGUACUUUUCCAUAUAUACCUUAAAUCACGACAACAUGCCUCGCGAAGGUACUCGGUCGUCAACCGGCAACUCCAAGCCGCGCGUCUUCCCCGUCGUCGACACCGCGCCGGCGGUCAAGAGGACUACCAAGCCCAAGCCCGCAGCUGCUGAGGAGCCCAAGGCUGCGCCCGCGAAGGGCGCCAAGCCUACGGGCGUGACCAAGAAGGCCGCCCCGAAGAAGGAGAGCACUGUUGCGAAGAAGGUCAAGGCUGUAGCGGACAAGGUCGAGAAGAAGGCUGGAAAGACGGCCGACAAGGCAGAGAAGAAGGCCGAGAAGGCGGCCGCGGAGCCAAAGCCCAAGGCUGCGCCCAAGAAGAAGGCUGCUGCUGCUCCUGCCGCUGCUCCUGCCGCUACUGCCGAGUAAACUGGAUCACCGUCCGAAUCGUCUGUCUCUCAGA